AUUUAAGAACUUCGGAAAUUUCCUACAGAGUAGUCCGAGCGAUCUAACUUGGAAGCAAUCCUAAGUUUUGGAUUUCUGAAUGAAUGCUAUUCACUCAAGGCUGACAUAAUAAAAAGAUUACUAUCUUAGCAUCAUGCCCAAAAUUGUAUCUGGCAGUGUUGUAGUCUCAGAUUCUCGGGACCAAGAAGAAGUCAAAGAAGAGCGUCCUCUCACAGUUUAUUAUUGCCUUUGUGGACAUAUGGCGCUUAUUAUUGACUGUCCUCUGGAGAAGCUGCCGUUACGGGCGCGGGAUGGAGCACGCGUUGUAGACGGCAACCGCCACGCUCACCGCCUGCUGUGUGAUCCUGCUGAUGCUGUCUUCCUGAGACGCAAACCUGAGGGAAUGGUUGAGAGGCAGGAGCGCUCUAAGUGCCGCAAGUGUUCACUCUGGCUCUUCUAUAAGCACGCACCAUCGCCUCAUCUUACAUUUAUUGUCAAGGGUAGCCUGGUGAGCAGCUCUGGCGCAGCAGUGAAGGAGCAGGUGGCCGCUGUGGCAGCAGAAGCAGCGGCGGCAGCUGCAGCACAGCAACAGGGCAACAAGGAACGUGUUACCAUCACCAGACAUACUCGCAACAUGGGCAAGUUCUCCUCUGUUACGGUCUCAACCAUUGAUGAAGAGGAAGACGAGAUUGAAGCUCGAGAAGUGGCUGACUCGUACGCCAGCAACGCUCGCAUCAUCGAGAAGCAGCUUGUUCGCAAGGGCAUGAACAAGAGGAAGGCGGACGCCAUCCUGGGUGGCAGCACUCCAGCGCAACAGGGGCUUAAGAAAGUGGCUAGAGGGACGCUGCUCAACCAGUAAACAUAUUUUGUACAGCCCUGAUCUCAUGUUCAUGUUUUGUACAGUUCUGACCUCGUGUUAACGUCGAGUAUAUAUUUUUUUUAAAUGAUCAAUGUAGAUAAGUAUUAAAAUUACUAGA